GAACACAUCCUUUACAUGGGAGUUACAACCCAUUCCAACCCCAAAACACCUCUACCAUAAUCAAAUUAACUACAUACCAAUCAGCCAAAAAUGGCCGACACCGACCCCGUAAUAACAUUCACCCAAGACCCCAACAUGGCCCUAAACCUGGACCUGAACACCCAAGAAAUCCUCCUCGCCGCAUCCACCCACAACAUCCCGCUUCUCCGGCGCCUCAUCCGCGAGAACCAAACGCCCGGAAACCCCGCCAACGUCAAGGACCCGGAGACGGGGUUCUCGCCGCUGCACGCGGCCAUUGCUGCGUGCGAGGAGGAGGAGGAGGAGGAGGAGAACAAUGAUGCCGAGAAGCAGACGAAUGGCGUCGACUCAAAUGCCGAUGGGGACAGCGCAGGCGUCGUCGAAACAGUCAAGUACCUGCUCGGCGAGGGCGCGAUCUGGAAUGAUCUGGAUCUGAAUGAUGAGACACCGGGAUGUAUUGCGAGACGGCUGGGGUUGAUGGAGGUUUAUGAGAUGAUUGUGGAUGCGGGGGUUCGGGCGGAGUUGUUGUUGGGCAGGUUGGAGGAGGGGUGGGAGGCGUUGGGGGAUGAUGAUGAUGAUGAUGAUGAAGACGAAGAAGAGCAGGAGGGAGAGGGUGUCGAAGAAGCUACUACUGCUGUUGAAGCUGAAGCUGAAGCUGCUACCACUGAAGAACAACCAGCAGCAGCAGCAAGAGAAGACCCCUCCGUCACGCAACCGCGCUACCUCGACUCGAACCUAACCUUCACAAACGACCGACUUCUGGACAGCGACCAAAAUGGUGUGAUGAUGUCGUGGGAAUCUACUAUCAUGGAGAAGUCCGCGGCGAAGCUGCUCCCCACCCCCGGGCUGCGGGUCAUGAACAUCGGGCACGGGAUGGGCAUUGUCGAUACGUUUUUGCAGUCGCAUGGCCCCAGUGAGCACCAUAUUGUGGAGGCGCACCCGGAGGUCGUGGCGGAGAUGAAGCGCAAGGGAUGGGAUCAGAAGCCUGGAGUCCGGAUCCAUGAGGGCCGGUGGCAGGAUGUGUUGCCUGCGUUGGUGGGCGAGGGAGUGGUGGUUGAUGCGAUCUACUAUGAUACGUUUGCCGAGUCGUAUAGUGAUUUCCGGGAGUUCUUUUCGGAGCAGGUGAUUGGGAUUUUGGAGCAGGAUGGAGAACAUGGGAGUGGGCGUUGGGGAUUCUUUAAUGGGAUGGGCGCUGAUAGGCAGAUUAGUUAUGAUGUUUAUCAGAAGGUGGUGGAGAUGGAUCUGUUUGAGGCUGGGUUUGAUGUCGAGUGGGAGGAGUUGGAGGUGCCGGCGUUGGAGGGUGAGUGGGAGGGUGUGAGAAGGCCGUAUUGGCGGAUUGAGAAGUACCGGUUGCCUAUCUGUAAGUUUAUGGAUUGAGGUGGAUAGAAAUUUGGUUGGUGUUGCUAUAGUACUAUAUAGACAUUGCUUGUGAUGUAUCUCCAUCUAUGGCAUCUUGGGUAAUCAUGUACAC